AUGACCGAAGCAUGCCAAGCGAAUUGCAAUACAGAUGAGAAUAAAUGUUUGCCAGUUGAUAAUAGUGUGUUGGGUGUUAAAGAAGAGGAAGAUGUAAUUGUUAAGCAGGAAUUCGUGGAGUGCUUAGUUUGUCUAGGUCGGACCACCGAGCACUGUGAUCUAAACACUACAACAACCGCCGCAGGCACAGCAUUGCAUGAUUAUCUCUGCAAAUUUACUCAGACUGAUCUAACUAAAUCAACAAAUAGUAACAGAUUUAUAUGUAAAACGUGCCUAAACCUAGUUAAUAUUUUAGAACACGCAGAAAUAGAAUAUUUUAAAAUAAAAGAGGAAUUUCAAUCUGUGGUCAACAAGAAUCCAUUAUUUGAAUCACAAAAUGUACAAAACUCUGUUACUCUUGAAUCAGUUAAAAAUGAAAAAUCAGAAUUAUAUGCUGAUAAUAAAGUAAAUGAUGAUUCUGAAGAUGAACCACUUUCACUCACUAAAAAGAAGCGAUAUAGAAAAGUUGAUAAAAGGAAAAAGAAAUCUGUAACAGAAAUUAAACGCAAAGAGCAUCCCAAUGUUUCUAAUGAUAAAUGGGAGUGCGCCGAAUGUAAUGCUACAGGGGAGAAUGGAGGGGUUGAGGCACUCACAAAUCAUAUGCUGCUAUCACAUACUUUAUCCACAACUUUACAAAUUGAACAUAUAAAGAAAGAAGAAUCACCAGACAGAGCCCAAAGUCCUGAUUUAAAUGGUUAUGAUGAUGCAUUUAAAAUUGAAGCAGAAGGUUUUGAUGAUGAUGAUGAUGAAAGUUCUAGCUACAUGCCUGAAGAAUUGAGCAAUGGUAAACAUAAACGAAGUAAGCUUUUGGUUCGCAGUGAAAGAAAAUCUCGUAAGUCAAGCACAGUGAAGAAAAAAAAAGACCCAAAAGUUAUUCAUCAGUGUGAUCAGUGUAAUGCCAAAUAUACUUCACUUGUGAGGCUAGAGCACCACAAGCAGAAGCACGAGGACUCGAAGCCGCCGUACAUCUGCGAGGUGUGCGGCGCGCACUACAAGCACAAGCGCGCCUGCGACAUACACGUCGCCAUGCACAAGGGUAUAAGUGAUUGGAAGUGCGAAGAGUGCAAUAAGCUGUUCCCGUCCAAAGGUGCCUUACAGAGGCACAAUAAUAUACACACGGGAAAACUUAAUUAUCAGUGCGACCUGUGCGGCAAGUCGUUCAUCCACACGUCGUCGUUCAAGAUGCACAAGCUGUCGCACUCGGGCGUGAAGCCGCACGCGUGCGACGUGUGCGGGCUGGCGCUCAUGACGCGCUCGCACCUCAAGCGCCACAAGCGCGUGCACUCCGGCGAGAAGCGCCACGAGUGCGCCGUCUGCGGCAAGCGCUUCUCCGAGCGCUACAACCUGGCGGCGCACGCGCGCGCGCACGCCGCGGGCGACGGCGCGGCCGCGGGCGCCGGCGCGGGCGUGCGCCGCAAGCUCUUCCGCUGUUCCUUCUGCCCCGAGCGCUUCGAGCGGCGCGCGCUGCUGGAGCGCCACGCGGGCGCGGCGCACGGCCGCGCGCUGGAGCGCCCGCCGCCCACGCCGCGCAACACCAUGAGCAAGUUACUCAAGGCGCAAGCGCAGCGCCGCGACGCGCCGCCGCCCGCCCUCGCGCCCGCCCACGCGCCCGCGCCCGAUGGAGAUGUGAAGAUCAACCGCAGCCCAGAGACCAGGACCUCCUCAGUAUCUUCCCAGACGUCACACUCGCACAAACACCUUUCACAGCUGACGGCGACGAGCGAGCUGAUCGCGGCGGGGUCGUGGGCCGGCGUGUACGCCGCCGAGUUCGGCCUGCGCGCCGACUACCCGCAC